UCAGGGUCAAACUCUAUACCCUGGAAAGCAUCAUAAGAGGAACUACCAAAUUGUUAAUGCCGAAGAUAUCGCCUCCAGUGAUGCAGAAGAUAGUGAUGCAAGGAUCUCUUAAUGCUACUCUAGCAAGAGGAAAAAUUGUACUUUGUUUCCAAACACGGGGCCAAAGGGUGGCUUCUGUUGCGGCAGACACAGUCAGAAAAGCACUCGGUGUCGGCGUCAUCUUCGCUCAGUUCAUGACGAAGGAUAUUGCAUCUUCAUAUGAUAUUCCGUGCAUCCAAGUAGACCUUGAAACCGGAAGUACCAUACUAAAUUACAUCGGCGACACAAGAAAACCGGUUGUGAAAUUUAGCUCUGAAAAGACAAUUCUUGGGAAACUGAUUGCUCCUGAAGUGGCAUACUUCUCGUCUCGAGGCUCGAGUUCAUUGUCCCCCUCUUUACUGAAGCCUGACAUUGCUGCACCUGGUGUGAACAUUUUGGCAGCAUGGCCCCCAGCUUCCAUGUUAUCUCCCACUAGCAGGUCGGUUAAUUUCAGGAUUGAUUGGGGAACGUCGAUGUCAUGCCCGCACAUCUCAGCUGUUGUAGCGCUUCUCAAAUUGAUCCAUCCUGAUUGGAGCCCCGCCGCGAUUAAAUCCGCGCUGGUCACAACAGCUAACGCACAUGACGAAUAUGGCCUCAGUAUAGUAGCUGAAGGAGCUCCUUACAAGCAAGCCGACGCAUUCGAUCACGGAGGUGGCCACGUAGACCCAAACAAGGCUUUAGAUCCUGGUCUAGUUUACGACACGGGUGUUUCCGAUUAUAUCCGUUUUCUUUGCUCCAUGGGAUACAAUAACUCCGCUAUAAGCUCAAUGACGCAGCACAACACUGCAUGCAAAAGCUCCCAUCAAUCGCAGAAGGACUUGAAUCUCCCUUCCAUAUCCAUUCCUGAGCUAAGAAAGACCCUGACAGUAUCAAGAACAGUCACAAAUGUAGGUCCGGUUAAUGCAGUGUAUCGAGCUCGCAUAGAAGCUCCGAAAAGAGUAGAUGUAAAUGUCGAGCCCAAAGUCUUGUUGUUUAACAUGACUGCGAAGAAGUUGUCAUUCAAGGUAACUUUUCGGCCGAAGCUAGACGUGCGAGGGCGGUAUAUGUUCGGAUGUUUGUCGUGGGAGGAUGGAGUUCACUCGGUGAGGAUUCCGUUGGUGGUUCGGACGGUGAUCGACGACUUCUACACGGUUGCAUGAUGGAAACAUGAUCAUGAUUCUAGUGGAAAUCAACUCUUCUUGUUUCUGUUUCCUUAUUUUGUUUUCCCUUUAAAAUUUAAACGCCAUUUGUACAAACCAUAUGUUCUGUUCUCCGAAAUCUUGUUAUUGUCACUAGUUGACUCACAUUGUGAUGA